AAAUGUCAUCAUUCUCAGAGGAAAGACAGGGGGGGAAAAUCGAUGCGUUUGAUGAUCGUAUGACGACACAGACCAAGCCUUAUAUAAAGUGCCUAUUUCCGUGUCCAUAGAGACCUCCUCCCUUUCUCUGAAAUUCAAUCCCCUGUUGUUAUCAAACACCAUGACCCCCCUUACAAAUUUUCUUGAAAAUUUUCAUAUAGAUGCUUCUGCAAGCACAAUAGCCACUCUCUUGGCUCUCUUUGCUAUUAUUUGGUAUGCAUGGAGACGUGCCGAAUCCAAGAAGGGAAGUCCAUCUCUACCCCCUGGUCCAAGAGGGCUCCCAUUAAUUGGCAAUCUAGCUUCUCUUGACCCAGAUCUUCACACAUACUUUGCUGGGCUAGCGCGCACUUACGGACCAAUCUUGAAGCUGCAGCUUGGCCACAAGCUUGGCAUCAUAGUGAGCUCCCCUAAUUUGGCUCGCGAAGUUCUUAAAGACCAUGACAUAACAUUUGCUAACCGUGAUGUGCCUGAUGUUGCCCGGACAGCAGCCUAUGGUGGCUCAGAUAUAGCUUGGAGCCCAUAUGGGCCAGAGUGGAGGAUGCUAAGAAAAGUUUGUGUCCUCAAAAUGCUCAGCAACUCAACAUUAGACUCGGUUUAUGAGCUUCGCCGCCGCGAAGUGCGAAACAUCAUUGCUUACAUAUAUAGUAAGCCCGGGUCACCCAUCAACGUGGGAGAGCAAACUUUUCUGACAAUAUUGAAUGUUGUAACGAGCAUGUUAUGGGGUGAAACGGCCCAAGGUGAAGAAAGGGGUAGCCUAGGUGCUGAAUUUAGGCGGCGUGUGGCUGACAUGACUGAGUUAUUGGCGGCGCCAAACAUUUCAGAUUUUUUUCCUGCCUUGGCCAGAUUCGAUUUGCAAGGCCUAGUAAAAAAGAUGAGGGGUUUGGUUCCAAAGUUUGAUCAGAUUUUUGACAGGAUGAUUGAAAAACAAUUGAGCAUUGAUGCGUUGGGGGAUAGAGCAGGGGCGAGUAGCAAAGACUUUCUGCAGUUUCUGUUGAAAGUGAAGGAUGAAGAAGAUGUCAAGACGCCAUUAACCAUGACCCACAUCAAAGCCUUGCUUAUGGAUAUGGUUGUCGGCGGUACAGACACAUCCUCUAACGCAAUUGAGUUCGCCUUCGCUGAAGUUAUGAACAAUCCAGAAGUAAUGAGAAAAGCUCAAGAUGAAUUGGACAGAGUAGUUGGCAAGGACAGCAUAGUAGAGGAGGCUCACAUACACAAAUUGCCAUACUUACAUGCCAUCAUGAAAGAAUCAUUGAGGCUGCACCCAGUUCUCCCACUGCUAAUCCCUCAUUGCCCUAGUGAAACAUGCACUGUUGGAGGCUUCUCUGUUCCAAAGGGUGCUCGAGUUUUUAUCAAUGUAUGGGCAGUGCACAGGGACCCUUCAAUAUGGGAAAAUCCUUUGGAAUUUAAACCGGAGAGGUUCUUGAACAGUAAAUUUGACUACAGUGGAAGUGACUUCAAUUAUUUCCCGUUUGGGUCCGGAAGGAGAAUUUGUGCUGGGAUAGCAAUGGCUGAGAGGAUGUUUCUGUAUUUCCUUGCUACAUUUCUGCAUUCUUUUGAUUGGAAAUUACCUGAAGGUCAGAAAAUGGAUCUUACGGAGAAGUUUGGGAUUGUUUUGAAGAUGAAGAACCCUCUUGUUGCAAUUCCAACACCAAGAUUAUCCAAUCCAGCUCUCUACUAGUAGAUUGCAGAAGAUGUACUUGCAAUAAUCAAUACGCUGAUGCUCUGUGUACCUGGGCAUUAUCUGCUUUCCUAUUUAAUUUUAAGAUGAUUAUGCUGUGAAAA